AUGGAAGUUCAAGUUAUGGUGAACGAAGAAGUUAAGAGGAACGGAGACAUCUGUUAUAUCUAUAGAGGAAGUCAAGUGAUUGUGAUUGAACCAGAGUGUAAUGAAAAAAGCAUAGAAGAUCAAGGGAUUGCAAUUGCGAUGGAAGAAUAUAAAGCAGACAUAGCGAGGAUUGGUUUAAUAGGCAUAAUCUCAGUAGGAUUAUGCAUGUUCGAGAUGGUCAUCUCUACACCGACUAAUGCUGGGGAACCAGAUUUACCUGAAUGGCUUAAUAUUCUCUUACUCGUCUCUCUGGUUUCAAUGGCCCAAAUAUGUAUAUUGCGGUUUACUCUAUACCACCCUGUUAACAAAAGCAUUUUUGCAAUCUUAUGCAUACUUAUCCUACCAACUGCAAUCUCAGUAAUGGAAAUCAGCUCUGCUUCCAAGACAGCUGCCAUCAUUGUUUUCAUCUCAUGGGGAAUCUUAUUUGCAAUCAUUCUUAUUGUUAACCGCCAACAGAUCUAUAAUCUAUGUGCAUGUCUCAACAACUCAUAA